CUACAGGUCUCCACAAUCUACAGCGGAGGGAGGAAAUUCUAUCUGUAACUUCAAAUGCCGGUAUCUCGGAGGAACUUUUUUUUAACCAGCCACACUCAGCCAGGCACGUGAGGCGCUUCUUCCUGACCCAGGGCUUCAGUUUUCUGCAGACCACGUGGGGAGUCCCUCGCCCCCGGAAGAACCCGCAGGAGCGCAUGCGCUCUGCAGGCUGCGGGCGCUUGAGCCCCAGCGACUACCGUACAGCGAAGCUGGAAGAUGGCGGCUGCCGCGCUGAGAGACCUAGGUUAGUGAUCGGUUUGGAAGCAGGAGUGGGACCAGGAUUUGGACCCAGAGCCCAUCUGAGGUUGCUCUCAUCACAAAAUGUUUUGCCUUUGUCACAUAUCCACACGAGUGCUUCCCUUGAUAUCUCAAAGAAAUGGGAGAAGAAGAAUAAAAAAGUGUAUCCUCCACAGCUGCCAGGAGAGCCUCGGAGACCUGCAGAAAUAUACCACUGUCGAAGACAAAUAAAAUACAGCAAAGACAAGAUGUGGUACUUGGCAAAAUUGAUAAGAGGAAUGUCCAUUGACCAAGCCCUGGCCCAGUUGGAAUUCAGUGACAAGAAGGGAGCAAAAAUAAUCAAAGAGGUUCUCUUAGAAGCGCAAGAAAUGGCAGUGAAACAUCACAAUGUAGAGUUCAGAUCCAAUUUAUACAUAGCUGAAUCUACCUCUGGUCGAGGCCAGUACCUGAAACGCAUCCGCUACCAUGGUCGAGGUUUAUAUGGCAUUAUGGAGAAGGUUUAUUGCCAUUACUUUGUGAAACUCGUGGAAGGACCCCCUCCUCCUCCUGAGCAGCCAAAGACAAGCUAUAUCCAUGCCAAGGAAUAUGUUCAGGAGCUUCGGAAUCGGACCAUCAUUCAUUCACUAUGAUGACUUCAAACCCCACUGUGUCUAUUUUCCUCCUCCUUUUCCUCAAAAACAUAAAUAAAAAAACAAAGACAAA